AUGGAAACAUUAGCUCCAACAGCACCGAUAAAACAAACUAAACGAGGUUCACGAACUUCUCAAAAUAAUGAACACAUAAGUCGAUCACCAGCUAAGCCAGCAACAUUACUGCCCCGGCCAUCUACUGGUAAACCAUCAACUAUCUUACCACAACCAACACAAAAACCUGUUGUAAUUGGUAAUCAAAUGGCACCACUUAUUCCAAAACCUAUUACAACAAACGGUCAAGUUAUUAAACCAUCUACAACAAAUCAUGCUCAAGGAUUUACUACUUAUCUAGUAGUCGAUGGUAAUCAAGGUCAACUCGUUCAAGUUGCUAGUGAUGGUCCAAAACCUGUAACAUUUCGUAAUCAAGCUGGUCAAAUUCUUCAAGCUACACCUAUAACUGUUGUUGCACCAAAUAACCAACCUUCUGCGCCUUCAUUUCAAACCAACGGGGAUUCUUCUAUAUUAUCCAGUCCUUCACAAAUGAAUACAUUUCAACAACAACAACAACAACAAACUGCUGUUACUUCUCAGUUACAUCAAAAUACAUAUCAAACAGUUACUACUGUUCGUACAAGUUCAUUAAUUGAUAUGCAACAAACUACUCUAACAAACGAUACAACACAACAAUUAUCAGGUAUGUCACAAAUACCUACAACAUCAUCUUUAAUUAAUGAUGGUAAUAUUAUAUCAUAUCAACCAACAUCAAUUCUUAAUGGAAAUACUUUAUCAACACAUGAAAGAGAUAUGUCACCAGUUAAUAAUGAUAAUGAUUCAUCGUUAGAUGAUACAUCUGGUUUAGAUAGUUCAACAACACAAGAUCCAAAUCUUUCACUUACACUUUCACAAAUAGCACGUAAAUCGAAUCAUCGACAUCGACGAUCUAGCAAUUCAUCAAAAAAGAAACGUGGACGACCAAGAUUAUAUGAGCGUGAUCCAUUUACUAAUAAACCCAUCAAAAGUCGUUCAACACAUGAAUCUACAGAAUUAACAAUACCAAAUAUAGCAUCAACUACAACUACAACAUUGCUUAUGCCUGGACAAACAACAACAACAACAUAUAAUAGUUUACAUCCAAAUACUAAUAAUUGUACUUCAUUAAUUUUUCCAACUCAACCAAUCAGUCAUACAACUACAAUUCCUGUUAAUAAUCCUUCAUUAUUACAACAACAUCAAUAUUCCUAUCCAUCGUUACUGAAUGGUGGUACUACAUCAUCAACAAAUAUGCUUACUGUACCAACAUUAAAUAUUCUCUCUAGUAAUAAUACGCAUACUUCAUCACCUUCUUCAUAUUCAUAUCCAUCUCAAUCCACAACAAUUUCAACUCCUACUCCUCUUCCACCACAAUCAUUACCAUCAAUAGCACCAAAUAAUCUUUCUCGUUCAUUUAUUCCUCCCUUAACUCAUACUGUUGAAAAUCAAGUAACAAUUCCAUUGAAAAAUCUUCAAAUAUCAUCAACAAUAUCUCCAACAACAAGUUCUCCUCGUUCAUCAACUCUUGCUUCAUCUACAACUGUACCUAAUGUUGUACAAUUAAAUCCUUCUCCAAUCAAACCUCUUAAUCAAACUCCAACAAAUGAUAUUGUCGUUCAUUAUAUAGGUGGUUUUGUUAUACGUGAAAGUAGUCAUCCAUUUCCAACUGAUGAACAUGAUGAUACAUUAAAAGAUUUAAAUCUUUCAAAUGGAAAAGAAAAAGAAAAUCAUAGUUUUAAUGAUAAUAAUAGUGAUCUUGGUUCGGAUCAACUUCGAUGUAUUCUAUGUAAAAAAGUUGAUUUUUCAGAAAGAUUUUUCAAUCAAGAAAAACGAUUUUGUUCGAAAACAUGUUCAACUAAAUCAUCAAAAUUAGCCAAAACAACAAAUGGAAAAAAAUCUCAACCAGAACAAAUACCAAUUAUAACAAAUGAACCAACACGAAUUAUUGAAAAUACAACAUCACAAAUAAAUAUAAAUGAACAAAUACCAUUACCACCUGAUCAUGGUCUACCAACUGAUCCUAGUAAAUGGACUGUUUUUCAAGUUGGAGAAUUUAUUGGACGAUUAACAAAUGAUACAAUUCGUGAAGUUUUUUGUGAAAGUGAAAUGGAUGGUCAAGCUCUAUUAUUAAUGACACAAGAACAUUUACGAGAUACAAUGAAAAUUAAAUUAGGUCCUUCAUUAAUUAUAUCAAGUGAAAUAACAAAGUUACGUGAACGUUCACGAACAUUAUUUUAA